GCAUCCGUCGCGGUAAUCCAUACGUCAUCGGCUGGCUCCCACCCUGAGGAGACAGGGACCCGACCCUAGAACCCGCGGCGGCGGCUGGAAGGAGCGGUGCAGGCCAUGGCAUCAGCGAUGGCCGGAGCGGGGCCGGCUCCGGGACUCCCGGUGGCGGGAGGGCCCGUGGUCCCGGGGCCUGGUGUCGGCAUCCCGGGCAAGAGCGGAGAGGAACGCUUGAAAGAAAUGGAGGCGGAGAUGGCCCUGUUUGAGCAAGAAGUAUUGGGAGCUCCGGUGACCGGAAUCCCAACUGCUGUGCCUGCGGUGCCCACGGUAGAAGCGAUGCAGGUGCCCCCAGCUCCUGUGAUCCGCCCAAUUAUCGCCACCAACACAUACCAACAGGUCCAACAGACUCUGGAGGCCCGGGCAGCUGCUGCGGCCACAGUAGUCCCUCCCAUGGUGGGAGGCCCUCCUUUUGUGGGCCCAGUUGGCUUUGGCCCUGCCGAUCGUGGUCACCUGGAUAGUCCUGAGGCUCGAGAGGCCAUGUUCCUGAGGCGAGCAGCUGUGGCCCCUCAGAGGGCCCCUAUCCUGCGUCCUGCCUUCGUCCCCCACGUGCUACAGAGAGCAGAUUCUGCUCUUUCUUCUGCAGCUGGUGGCCCCCGACCUAUGGCCCUGAGGCCUCCACACCAGGCCUUGGUUGGACCCCCUCUGCCUGGGCCUCCUGGACCACCCAUGAUGCUGCCACCAAUGGCUCGGGCACCUGGACCACCCCUGGGUUCUAUGGCUGCUCUGAGACCUCCCCUGGAAGAGCCAGCAGCUCCUCGAGAGCUAGGCCUAGGCCUUGGUUUGGGCCUGAAGGAGAAAGAAGAGGCAGUAGUGGCCGCAGCAGCUGGGCUAGAGGAAGCUAGUGCAGCAGUGGCAGUGGGGGCAGGAGGAGCCCCAGCUGGGCCUGCAGUCAUUGGUCCCAGCCUCCCGCUGGCCCUCGCCAUGCCCUUGCCUGAGCCUGAACCCUUGCCCCUCCCACUGGAGGUGGUCCGUGGCCUGCUUCCUCCGUUGCGAAUUCCUGAGCUCUUGUCUCUACGUCCCCGACCUCGGCCCCCUCGGCCUGAGCCUCCUCCUGGCCUCAUGGCCCUAGAGGUCCCAGAGCCACUGGGUGAAGACAAGAAGAAAGGCAAGCCAGAAAAAUUGAAACGCUGCAUUCGCACAGCAGCAGGGAGCAGCUGGGAGGACCCCAGUCUGCUGGAGUGGGAUGCCGAUGACUUCCGGAUCUUCUGCGGGGAUCUGGGCAAUGAGGUGAACGAUGACAUCUUGGCACGAGCCUUCAGCCGUUUCCCAUCCUUCCAUAAGCCCAGAGCUGCCCAGCUGACCCCAGACCCUCCUCCCCCACCACUUUUCAUGUCACACCACCAAAUCCUCAAGACGGGGAACCUGUCCAAGCCCCUCACCCCAUCCCCACUACCCCGUAAGCACCCCUUAGACCUCAGCACCCCCAUCCCUGCCCUGCUCCUGUUCCCCAAGGCCUUUUCCAAGCCCAAUUGGUCCCUGAAAAGGGACCGUUCCAGGGACCAGUGCGCAUCCCUAAAGCAGGGGGUGCAGCUUGACCACGCCCCCAUCCCUGCAACUUGA